AUGGGCGAUAUUGAGGCUGUGCUUAAAGCCCUGAAGUUGCUGAAGAUAGACGAGAAACCUAAUUACAAAAAGAUUGCUGAAGAGUAUGGUGUUAGUCGUACAACGCUGUCGUGGCGCUAUAAGGGGGUGCAGGGUACUGUACCGACGCGGAAAAUUGCUGAUAACAAUGCCUCCUCAACCUUACGCAAGAAUCAGAGCUUAUAUCCUACUACAAAAGAGGGGCUUCCUUCAAAAGAAAUGAUACGCAAUCUUGCACCAGAAAUAGCUGAGAAAGAAGCAGGCAAAUCCUGAGUUGAUCGCUUUUUACACCGACACGAUAUCGACCCUAAUAUCUCGAUGGACCUCAGGAAUCGACUCCACGCCACAGGGCAGAUUCGGCUUUCAAUAUUCCCUAUGUUUCAAGCCCCUACAUAAGAUCACUCAGUACAAUAUUGAGCCCCGCCAUAUAUAAUAUGGAUGAGAAGGGCUUCUUGAUUGGGGUGCUCAGUAAGAUGGAGAGGGUAUUCUCUCGACGUCGAUAUGCAGAGGGGGGUAUAAAGCAGCUCAUCUAGGACGGUUAUUGUGAGUGGAUCACGACGAUUGCCUGCAUUUGCGCCGACGGAUCGUCGCUCCCGCCUGCCC